AUGAAAGUCAACACCAGUGACAUGAUACUUACUCAAAUGCAUCGAGAAAUUAUUGCUGUGUCUAAAAUUCAUUGUCUGUCGGAGGAAAAACAGAGUGAAUUGGAACUCGCUGUAUGUGAAGCUGUAGAGGAACGAUUGAUUUGGGCACCAUCCAGCUGCAGGAACACAAAUGGAAGGCGGCAGUUAAGCUUUCUCGCUUCAAGGCUAACGCGGACUUACAACCCAAUACCUAUAGUCGACAAUGAUAUUCCAGUGGAUACGAUCAACGCGGAAAGAAUACCUGAUAUGCAAAAUAGACUCUGCAUUGCUAUCAUCGCCAAUGAAAUUGCAUACGUACGAGUCUUGCUUGAAAGUCACUAUGCAGAUGCCAAUUUUAGGAACAAAUACUUCGGUAGACCGUUGCAUCUCGCUUCAAGAUACGGAAGAGUCGAUAUAAUACAGGUUCUUCUACACCAUGGCGCCGACUCCAGCGCAAUUCAACCAUAUUAUAGCCCUCACUGGACAGGAGGUUUAGGAGGAGAAAAGUUCUUCUGUUCCUCGGGGAGCGCGUUACGUGUAGCCGCAAUGAAUAGUCACUUUGAAACAAUGAGAUUGCUUGUACAACCACGCUAUAAUGCAGUACUACCCCUUUCCCACGAAGAAAUCCAAGUGGUCCUUCGUGUUGCGGCGAGGACGGGAUCUGUGAGAAUUAUUUUGUUUCUCAUGGACAUGUUCUACGGGUCACAGGCUGAAAGGAAACAUGCAGAAGAAGAAGUUAUACUUCAAGCCGCUUCUUGGGGAAGAGAAAAUCUACUUAAAGUGAUGUUGGAACGUGGUGUAGAUGUCAACUGUAUUGCGGGACCGAAUCACACUAUGCCAUAUUGGUCGCCCAUUCACUGUGCCGCUUACAAAGGCUAUGCGAAAAUUGUCCUCUUACUGUUGUCAAAUGGCGCCGAACUAAAUAGUGUGAUUGGCCGGAGAUCAAGAACCAACCUUGGUAUUGGAUUUUAUGCGAUGAGCUUUGCAGUCGCACGAGCUCACAACGAAGUGAUUCAUGUUCUCAUAGACUAUGGCGGGAUUGUGUUGAAAGAAAGAAUACGCCCGGAUCCUUCAUCAAACACGACUCUAUUGAAUAUAGCCGCACAAUGGAGCCAGCACCAUACGAUGCGUUUGUUGUUGAAAGAAGGGGGCGAUGUUACCGAAAUAGGCGAGCAAGCUCUGCAUGAAUAUGCCGUCAAACGCGGAGAUCUCUUGAUGACACGUCUUCUUAUCGAUGCUGGCGUUUCUCCUUGUGAUAAUCCCAACAAAAGCCACCAACCAGUGCUCAUAGCAAAAUGUCAUGGAUGGCAGCACAUUGUGGAUCUCUUAAUCAGUGCAGGGGCUGGUGAUAUCAACCCAUUUGAUACAGAUAAAUACCCUAUCGACACGAAUUUUCCUAGAUGGCUAUUAUCCUCUAAAGCAAAACAAGACACCGCGGCAACUGUGGAAUAUACGAGGCAAAUAUUGAUUUGA